CCCAUAACUGUGUAAAAUGUCAGAAUACAAUCUUUCUCUUCAAAACAAAGUAGCAAUUGUUACAGGAGCUUCAAGAGGAAUUGGAGCAGCAAUAGCUGAAACUUUGGCACGCCGUGGUGCUAAAGUAGCCAUCACUUUUACCUCUGACAGCAGCAUUGAUGCGACUGAACAGUUGGUGAAAAAAAUAAAGGGUUUUGGCACCUCAGCAGAUGCGAUCAAAAUUCAGGCAGAUUUACGUGAUGUUUCAAGUGCUAAACAUAUUGUUGAUGCCACAGUACAAGCUUUUGGUCCUACCAUCCAUAUCCUUGUUAACAAUGCAGGGUACGCAGGUCAACCAAAACCUCUAGGAAGUGCAACUGCGGAGGACUAUAACCUUACUUUUGAUGUAAACGUUCGCGCCGUCUUUUUUAUGACAGAAGCCAUGGCACCUAAUCUUCCUAAACAAGAAGACGGGAGUGGGGGCAGGAUUGUCAACGUUGGAAGCAUUUGUGGAAGAAAGGCAUUCCUUAAAAUGCCUCUCUAUUGUGCUAGCAAGGCAGCAAUUGAAGGUUUCACAAGAUGUUGGGCUGCUGAGUUGGGCCCUCGAGGGCAUACAGUUAAUCAAGUUAAUCCGGGAGCCGUUGAAACGGAUAUGCUAAAGGGACUUUCAGAUGUAACAUUAGAAAUUACAAAAAAAAUGACCCCUUUUGAAAAUCGUCUUGGAUUACCUUCUGACAUUGCUGAAAUUGUCGCUUUUCUUGCUGAAGAUAGUAGUCGAUGGAUUACUGGGCAGGUAAUUUCAGCUUCAGGUGGAAUGUAUAUGUAUUAAUUGUUUGGGGAAAGUUUUUGAGAAAAUCAUCAUAUGAAUUUUCCUGCGCAGCAAUUUUCGUUCUCAUCUUAAUUACGCAUAAUAGAAUAAGUUAUGAUUAAUUUUUUUUUUUAAUUUAUGACAUUUAAUAUAUAUAAACAGAUAGUAAUAAAAACAAUCGACUCAAAACCCUU